UGAAGUUUCUAAACAUGCCAUCUGAAAAUGUGUUGUGCAGUAUGUAGACGAGCGGUGGUGUUUUCCGGCCUAUUGACUCAUAUGCUAAGAAUGUGCAAGGAGAGAACCUGGACUGGCCAAGAGACACACAAGUGCUGCCAUAUAUGCCUUAUAACACCAACUUCCCAGCAACGGGCAGGAUUUCUAACAGCUUUCCUGGCUCUGAUAGGGCUUGACUGAUAAGGUUAGAAGGCUGCUUUGUUUGUACAUUAUUUCCCCCUCUACUAGUUUCUGUCUCCACCCUGGAUUGGAAUUGCUGUUCUGUAAUACACUUGCAUGCUAAUGUGCUAAGUGGUGAGUGGGACAAGGGGCUUUGCCCCUUUCCACUGCCUUUCUCUGAUAAGAGAAUGAAUUACCAGUUUCACUGCUUCUCUGCUUCUCCUGUCAGUUUGUCACCUGCUUCCUUUCCCUGUGCUGCAUUUCUUAGUGAAGUCCUCAUCAGCACAGCUCAUGCCUCUCCUCUAGUCUUUGUAAGGAAGAGCACAGCAAGCCCUACAGGGGGAAACCACAAAGCCAAGAUAACGCCCACAAACUAAUUCUCUGCUGAGUCUGGGUCAGUGAGAGAAACAUUGUAUUAGUCAGUCCCAGGAGUCACAAGUCUCACUUCCCCUCCUUCAAGACGGAGGGUUUCAUCCUCCCAGCCACCCCAUUACUCUGGAAGUCCCAAAGUGCUCCAUUCCUCCCUCCAGCCACUGUAUUGCUCCUCCACAUGCGGCCUACGUACCCAGGCUUUGCAUUGGAAGAGGGGCCUUUCACUUUGAGUCUGUCAAGCUGGCUCAAGUGACUCAAGAAUAUGAGUACCAACCCCCAGGCAGACUGCUAGUGUCACAGAGGCAAUGUUAGAAUCUUUACCCCGAUCAGAGGAGGACAAAGCAUCAAAGGUGGUUGGGCACAUCCAUCCAGAAUGUGACUUUUUAGCUGAGCUGAAGAGAAAUGAGAAUGAAUGCCUGAGGGAUGCUGAAGAUCAUGGAAAUGAAACUGCAGGCUGCAGGAAAACAUGGGACAGGCUACUGUGCUGGCCGAAUGCAGAAGCUGGUGAGACUCUCACAUUGCCCUGCCCGCAGGUUCUCUUUCACUUCCUCAAGGAGCCAGGCUUGGUAAGAAGAAACUGUACAGUGAAUGGCUGGUCUGAUCCAUAUCCCUCCUAUCACAUUGCCUGUCCGGUGAAUGAUGAGAUUCCAGUUGAGGAACAGUCCUAUUUUUCUACUGUAAAGAUCAUCUACACUGUGGGGUACAGCAUUUCCAUCUCCUCCCUCGCCCUGGCUGUGACUGUUCUUAUUGCAUUCAGGAGACUCCGCUGUCCCAGAAAUUAUAUCCACAUCCAGCUCUUUCUCACCUUCAUCUUGAAAACUAUUGCCAUUUUCAUUAAGGAUGCGGUCCUCUUCCAGAAGGACGAUAUUGACCAUUGCAGCUUCUCUACAACUGAAUGCAAGAUAUCAGUGGCUUUCUGUCACUAUUUUAUGAUGACUAAUUUCAUGUGGCUGCUGGUAGAGGCGCUUUACCUGAACUGUCUGCUCUUAUCAUCCUUUCCUCAUGGAAGACGCUAUUUUUGGUGGCUUGUUCUGUUUGGAUGGGGUUUCCCAACAUUUUUCACUGUAGUGUGGAUAUUAGCAAAGCUAUAUUUUGAAGACACCGCAUGCUGGGAUAUUAACCAGGGCUCGCCUUACUGGUGGCUAAUCAAAGGACCUAUCAUCAUUUCUGUUGGGGUCAACUUUAUCCUUUUUAUCAACAUCAUCAGAAUCUUGCUGAAAAAGCUGGACCCGCGACAAAUCAACUUCAAUAAUUCAUGUCAGUACAGACGUCUCUCAAAAUCGACGCUGCUUCUCAUUCCAUUAUUUGGGACACAUUACAUUGUCUUCAACUUCCUGCCCGAAUACACCAACCUGGGAGUCCGGCUAUAUUUAGAGCUCUGCAUUGGAUCUUUCCAGGGGUUUAUUGUAGCCGUUCUGUACUGUUUUCUUAAUCAAGAGGUGCAAGCGGAAAUUGGCCGAAGAUGGCAUGGGAAGAGCUAUGGACUUAUGCCAGUGUGGAGGAAGAGGACUAGGUGGACCAUGCCAUCUAGUUCUGGGAUAAAAAUGACUACCUCUGUGUGUUAGAGACAGCUGCUGGAUUGGGAGCAAUGGUGUUUAAGAACCCAAAUGUGAUCGAGGAAACUGAAUUUAAAUCAUCUGACUGUAACUUAAAAUGCCUGAGUGAAUUAGAGAAGACUAAUCCAGUUCUGUCUAGUUCCAUAGAAAUUCCUCCCAUCAGACCUCUACAGAAGUUACAAGCAUUACAGCAUCAGAUCAAACACCGAUUGGCUUAUAUAAUCCUUUUCAUGUAUAUCAUAUGCAGCACAGCAACAGACACAUAACAGCAACAACUUCCUCUUCUUUUAUCCAGUUUCUGGACUAUUUUUCAUGGACUACACAUUAAAGCACAUCAACUGAGAGGUCACCAAAAGUAUCCUAAAGUAACGCUAUGAAAGUGUCAGAUCUGGAAUGCACUACCACCCUCUUCAAAUUGUGGGAACUGGAUUCAGACUGCUGGUUUUGAAUCACUAGACUAGCAAACAAGUAACAGAAUGCCUUUUGAACCUACAGCACAAUGUUAUCAGUCCCCUCCUAAGCAAGGAGAUUCAAAGUUAAGGCAAAACCCAGCUAUAGCCUGAACUCUUGAUAUUGUGCAAAAGCUGCUUCUCAAAAUAUGGUCCCUGGACCACCAGUAAUGUAGAGAGUAUAUCUUGGUAGCCUACAGGUGAAACUUUCUGAGAAUUAAGGAGUAAGAAACUGAGUUGUUGGAGGAAGAUGAUUCCAGAGGGUGGUGUUUUAUGAAAAAUUGGGCUAAGUAACUAAAAUGAGCAGAAAUAUCGAGAAGUCCUUGUGGCACCUUAGAGACUAACACAUUAAUUUGGGCAUGAGCUUUCAUGGGCUAAAACUUAUGCCCAAAUAAAUGUGUUAGUCUCCAAUGUGUCACAAGGAUUCUUUGUUUUUGCUGAUACAGACUAACACAGCUACCCCUCUGAAACAAGCCGGAAACCAAUGAAGAAUGAGAAUAGAAUCGGCAAUGUAUUAAUAAAUUUUAACUUGAGAAGGAAAGGCAAUGAGAAUAAUAGAAAAAACAAGGAGUAAGAAAGUGGGAGAUGUUUGAGACAGAGAAAAGGAGGAAAUGAAUGGGAAGAGACUAGAGAUGGUCAGGAAAUUAUUGUUUUUCCGUGUGAAAAUUUUUGACAAAAAUAAAAUAAAUGUUCACUUGCCAAAAAUUUUGUUCUUGAUUUUUCAGGCUGUCAAACAAAAAUGUGAAUCUCUUUUGCAAAUAUUUCUGAUUUUUUGGGAAAACCAUUCUCCAUCAAAAGCAAAAACAAAAAAGAUUUCAAUGGAAAAUGUUCACUCACUUCUAGAAGAGAGUAGAGUAAUGCAUGACACAAGAGUUGGCUCUCCCCAAUUAGUACAUGCAAAUAAUAGCAUGAAUGCAGAUUUCUCCACAAUAGAGUCUGCUCUGAGAGGACCAUAUUGCCUUAGAGACUGUGGGCCAGAUCCUCAAAGGUACUGAGGCUCCCAGUAGAAGCUAGGAGCUUAAAACCUUUCAGGAUCUGGGCUAUGUGUCUGUUCUAGUGUCCUUGAGCCCUUGAAAUAGCAGGGACACAGGAAUUGUGGAGCUCAGUAUCAACUACAAAAAGGCCAGGUGACUCAAGUGCUCUCUUAAAGAGCUUUGGCUGGUUUUGCUCGCCAUUGUCGUCAUGCUCCUUUAGGAGCUUGGGAAUCAAAGUGCAUUCCCUAUCUUUGUCCUUUUCAUUGAGCUUUCCCAAAUGGGUGUUGGAGUCCGGGGAGAGAGAGAUUGUUAUCAGUGAACUUUUCUAAUAGGAACAGCAAGUUCCAGAAAGUGGGGCGGAUACACUUUAGAGAAAAAUGAGGUCCGAGAGGUCAUUCAGCAUCCAGCCAGUACCUUUGGGCAUUCCGCUGGGCUUUAGCCUCAGCAGUUUAAACAACAAAAAUUAUGGAGUGGCCUCCCCUUUUCUUGUGUGGUAGCCUGAUAUAGGUAAUUAAAUGGGAUGGGUUGAUCAUCCAUGCACAAAUCUUCCCCUUCCCUUGUGGAAGUAGGGGUCAGCCUCUUUGCCACUGGUCCCCACAACCCUUCCUGUAACCCACAGGCCGGCCUUCUGCACUAGGGAUGGGGAUGGAGAAUGGGGAUGCACAAUUCCCAGCUGCAAUGUGACUCCCAGGAAAAUAUAACACGUUGGUGCUCUGCAAUAUUUCUUACACAGAACUAUUGGACCUUAUCUGAAAAGGACAUGGCAGAUUUAUAACACGGCACUUUAAUACAUGGUCUUAAUGAGUCCAAGUAUUUGUGUUUGUGUACCAGCCUGCAUUGUGGGCUGAAUCCAAAGGCAAGUGACGUCAAUGGCACUUUUCCAAUUGACUUCAAUGGCCUUUGGCUCAAGCCUUGUGCCACUAAGGUUUGGCUGUGCUAAAGCAGCCUGAUAAGAAUCAACAUAAUGAAGGCUAACACAAGCAGGUGGUGAAGGAAUCAUUAUUUUCAGAAAAGGAGUGUAUCAUUCUCCUCACCUCUGCCCCAAUGAUAGUUCUUUGGUUUGAGCAAGGCUCUUCCAUAUUCUAGACUGCCCUCACUUUUCAGUCUACUGUAUUUUCUCUGUGAUGCAGUGCAUGACUGUGGCACCAGGAUAAAUGUCCAAAUUCACUUUUUUUGAUUAAACGUGGAAAAGCUUCAGACCACAGGCCAACCUCUGUGGGUGGGUAGGAAGAAACUUUCCCUCAGGUCAGUUUAUCUUAUCACCGACCUCUGCAGGGCUUCUUGUAUUUUCCUCUGAAGCAUCUAGCGCUGAUCACUGUUGAAGCUACAGUACUGGACUGGAUUGAUCACUAGGUUGAUCUGGUGUGGCAGUUCCUGUGUUUGCGUUUUCUCUCCAAAUGGCUUUAUUUUCAGACAAAAACACUCAUAGGUGAGAAAUUGAAUGUUCAACGCUCUGCAUGCAACACCAGCCAUUUUAUGAAAACUAAAGAAAUGUAAUAUAUCUGCGCCACAAAAAAAUCUUCAAAUAAAAGUGCCAUUUUUUUCUCUCA